AUGGCACGAAUCAACACAGCCAACCCGUUGACCAACAACGCCCCCCAACGAAAGAAGGGCCUCAAAGAACAAAUUGAUUCACAUCUGAAGAAUUCAGAGGUCAGAUUGAUCAGCACCGGUGCUGAAUUUUUAAGAGAUCGCCCAAGCACACAAUCAAGAAGCUCGUCACAAAGACAAAGCAGGGGGUCAGGUGCCGUUUUCGAUAUUCUCGCCGACGGUGAUUUUGCGCUUCAGAAUGGAAAAGCUGAGCUGGAACAAGAGACAUCUAGCUCUCCCAGGAAACAGAAUAGAAGCAGAGCUCUCACAGCCACGAACCUAAACUCGCUUCUACUUCCCCUUCAACCGCAUCAGCGCCAAAGGCCCAGUAUCAAAGUGGAAACAGAUGACUAUGAAAAGGAGAACGAUAUUGCAGACAAUUGGUCAGAAGUGGACGCAGCGACCAUGGCGUCUACCACGCAACGGUCGACAAUGAGACGAAACAUGCCGCGAACUCCAAGAAACCGACGGGCUAGGACCCCAUUGAGCCAGCGGGGUUUAGAAUCCGAGCAAGAAGACAGUUGUGGAGACAAUAGCUUUAACUCACUGGAUGACUUUAUCGUCAGUGACAAUGAAGAUCUCAGCUUCCACGGGACAUCUGGUUCUGACACAGACGGCGAGCAUGCAAAAGAACCAACACCACCUCCGCCGCCACCAAGCACGCGAAGGAGGCUUUUAAGAGGCAGAAGGCCUGGUUUUGAUGUUGGAAGCAAGACCUCAGUUGAGGCACCAUGGAAUACUCCCCUUCAGCUGGAUCCCAAAGUUCCCGACGCAGUAAAACUGCCAUCCUCCAAAAACAGUCCUAAACACCUGUUUCAGGAUGACUUUGAGGUCCCUACAAGAUUGAGGAAAUUGGAUCUAGAUAAUACUAGUGAGCCAGUCCCUCAAUUUUGUGCAAGCCCCACAAGCUCUACCAUAGACCUGGAAGAUUUGCCUACAGGUCCACAGCCAAUGGAACGGAAGUUAAAGACACCCCCAGCCAGCCCAUCGCGCAACCGUCUGCGAUCUCCGACGAAAAAGAAGAUUCGCAUUCCACCAACCCCCCAUCGCGAGAGCAGCGACGCCUUCUGGAGCCAGGGGGACACUUUUGACUGGAUUGACGAGCACUCCCCCCGUAAGGAGACGUCACCCAAACGAACUGUGAUUGAACUUCUCCAGGACUUUGAUGACUCCGAGAACGAGGGCAGUAGCCGCGAUUCUGGCACAAGCAGCGAGCCCGAUCCCAUGUCGCAAGUGCGCCAUAAGACGCCCAAGACACUCAGCAAAACUGCGUUGAAAAGAAUGGAGGCAGAGAAAAAGAGAGCCGCCAAAGCCCGUCGAUUGUCGUUUGAUAAUAAGAAGGCUGAAUUUGCCCUAACCUUCCUUGGUGUGUUAGAUGAGGCGGUAGCUGGAAGCCAAGUCACCCGGCUGGCUGAGCCUACUGGAGGUGUGAAAAUCGUCUGGUCCAAGACCUUACAGAAAACUGCCGGACGAGCCCAAUGGAAAGGCGAACGACAGGUGUCACGAAGCAUUGAUGGGCGGCCAGAAGGGCCGAGGAAAAUUCGACACCAUGCCACUAUUGAGCUCGCCGAGCGUAUCAUUGUUGAUGAGUACCGACUUAUCAACACCUUAGCUCAUGAGUAUUGUCAUCUUGCCAACUACAUGGUCUCUAAUGUCCAUGAUAACCCUCAUGGGGCUAGCUUCAAGCAAUGGGGGAAAAAGUGCGAGGAGGCAUUGAAGGACCAUCCACUUUACGGCGGCCAACUCCAUGUGACAACAAAGCACACCUACAAGAUCGAUUACAAAUAUGUAUGGAGCUGCAAUGGAUGCGGGCUGGAAUAUGGCCGUCACUCGAAGAGUAUCACCUCUAACCACCGCUGCGGCAAUAGUACUUGCCGUGGUACUCUGGAGCAAAUCAAGCCAAAGCCGCGGAAUGUGUCGCCGAAGAAGAACACAACUCCUGGCACGAAGGUAGUGUUGGAGGAGGUGUCGAUCGAUCUAGAGAAAUUGACCCUGUGA